ACCCGCCCCAUGGCUCGCAGCCCCAGCCUGCUCCCUGCCUCAGUUUCCCCCCCUGCAGAAUGGGGACAAUGGGCCUGAACUCUGCUGGGAGGUCGCGGCGGGGCGGGGAAGGGCCGCGGGGAGGCCAAAGGAUUCAGCGGGGUCCCCCCACACUCGCCCUGGAGCGUCUGUCAGCCAGGUGGGGCAAACGGGCCCAGCUGCCCGCCCCGGGCUGCCCCUUCCAGCUCCCUUCCCGGGCACGGGACGCCCCUCUAGCCUGGGCAGCGCCCGGUGCCACGCUGGCACCGACGUGGCUUGUCCCUGGAGGAGCCGCUCCUCUGGUGUAUGGGGUUGGGCAGGGGCAGAUCUGGAAGGCAGCUGGGUAAACGAACCCCCUGCUGCUCCCCCCAUCCUGCCCUCCCUCCAGGGUUCUUGGCCCAGCUGGUGCCUUGCUGCUUUGGAGCCGAAAGUGUCCCUGUGUUGGACGUAUGGCGAAAUCCAAGCGUUAAAAGGACCUUGCCCGCUGCCUGGCAUGAAAUGCAUGGGCAGGAGGAGAGGGAGCUUCAAAGUACCAGAGCUCCAGGCACUCGAGUGGUAGGAGCUAGGGUGGGGGGUGGCCAUCAGGACUCCUGGGUUUCAUUCCCAGCGCUGGGAAGGAGUAUAGUCUGGUGGAUGGAACUGGGUUGACUCGGGACACCUGGGUUGCAUCGCUGACUCUUUGUGUGACCCUGGGCAAGUCACUUUCCCUUCUCGGCAACUCGUUUCCCCACCUGCAGAAUGGGACGAGAUGGGGAACCUAGGUCAUGCCCCAUAGGGGCUCAGUGCGUAGCUGUUCCUAGCUGCUCUGUCCAGCCUUCACGUCACAAGCGCUGUUUGCUUUGCCCUGGCAGCGGAGUCCCUGACAUGUAAUAACCUGCAGCAAUGGCCACGUCAGAUGAGCUCAAGUUUCAUGAAUUCGACGAGGCGGCCGACUUGCUGGCCGUGAACCCUGAUGCCACAACCACCAGCAUCAGCGAGCGGCAAAGCCACGUGGCCGUGAACGUGAGCACCGACUACGAGGAGGGCGAGCUAGGGGAGGAGACAGAUAAAACCGAGCUCCUCAGUGGCCAGAAGAAGCAGCCCGGUUUCUGGACCUUCGAAUACUACCAGACUUUCUUUGAUGUCGACACCUACCAGGUGCUGGACAGGAUAAAGGGGUCUCUGCUGCCAUGGCCUGGGAAGAACUUCGUACGGCACCAUUUACGGAACAACCCUGACCUAUACGGACCCUUCUGGAUCUGCGCCACGCUGGCCUUCACGCUCGCCGCCAGCAGCAACGUGUUCCACGCCCUGGAGAAACGGGGUGACCCCACCUUCCACUACAGCCCCCAGUUCCACAAAGUGACCAUCGCUGGGGUGCUGAUCUACUGCUACGCCUGGCUGGUGCCCCUGGCCCUCUGGGGCUACCUGCAGUGGCGCAAGGGACUCAGCCUCCACAUGGGCUCCUACAGCUUCCUGGAGACAGUCUGCGUGUACGGCUACUCGCUCUUCAUCUACAUCCCCACCUCGAUCCUGUGGCUGAUCUCGGCUGCCUGGCUCCAGUGGCUCCUGCUGGCCUUUGCUGCAGCACUUUCUGGCUCCGUGCUGGUUCUCGCCUUCUGGCCGCUGCUCCGCUCCGACAGCAAGCCAGCCACGCUGGCCACGCUGGCCGCCAUGGUCUCGCUCCACGUACUGCUGGCCGUCGGCUGCAAGCUCUAUUUUUUCCAGAUGCUGUCCAGCACCGUCCCUCCCCUACAGACCCUGGUCACAGCCCAGCUGCCCCCGGUGCUGCUCCCUCACCCAGCCAAUGCCUCGGUCCCCCUCCGCCAGUGAGGUGUGGAUCCCCCAGCACUGGGCACAGGUGAAAGAGCAGAGCCACUGCUGUGCCAUGACCCAGGCUCCGGCCCCCUUGGGAAGGACCCUUCCUCCGGCCUCUCCCCCAGCCCAUGGAGCUCAGCCACGCUGCACAGGGAGGGGGCGGCAGCUUGGCAGCGGCUGAGCCCAGGACACGUCUAAUUCUUCCCCUCUCCUCCUGCAUCAGCACUUCAGCCCUGGCUCAUUCCCAGCUGGGAGCAGGGGCAUUGGCUCCAGUGAGCAGACCGGCCCCCAACUAGAGCCUGGCUCGGUCAGUGGCAGGAGUCCCGCCAGGACAGAGCCUGGGCCCUGCUCUCGGGGCGUCCCUGCAGCACCGGGAGGCAGACACCUCUGCUAGCCCCUUCCCGAGGCAGAUCUCAGCACUGCCAGGUACUGAUUGACAGCACAGCUGCCCCUGUCCUGGAACCGCUCUCUUGCUACCCCACGCUAGGCUGGGGGGCUCCACUGGGAGGAACACAUGGGGAUUCUGCUAGCGAGGUACUCAGGCUCCCCCAUCCCCAUCUCUAGGGCAUGGGGAGCAGUAGUAGUGCUGGCUGCUCCCUGGGCAAGGCCCAAGGAUUGAGAGCUGUCAGCUGUUUUCUAUUCAAAGGUGAUUGAAAUAAACUGGGCCUUUGCCCCACCUGGGA